GAUUUGAUAGCUGGAGGAACGACUUUGACCGCGACGCACAAGGUACAGAGUCACUGAUGAAGCAGCCAGUCCAGCUUCGAGUUGCCCCGCUCCAUAAAACGCACUUAAAUCGACCCGGGAGAGGAACAGAACAGAGUGGACAGAGUCCAGGAAAACUGGAAGAAAAUUCUGGAUUUUAACGGGAAGAGAACCAUCAUAUUAAAUAAUCACAAGAGGUUCCGCGAUUCAAAGCAGGCUCCGGGGACACCCGCGCUAGAUUUGCGCGAGUGUUGGACAGCUGCAGCCGACUUCAACUUCUUUGUCGGGUUCUGUAAUUAAUUGUCAACAAACUUGGACCCAUUAUUUAACCUUCAACCGUUUUCCGUUUCUCUGGGCUCAUUUGCGCGUUUAUUGCACGUUUAUUCUGUCAAUUUUAAGCCUGUUACACAAAGCAGUCCAGUAAAUAACUGACAUAUUACGAUUAAAGUCACUAUGCGUGCUUUGUGAGCUGUCUUCUGGUGCAGUGACACCAACAUGCCACUUACCAUAAAGCUGGUUGUUAGGAAAUUACUUUUUAGCGGCUAAUCCUGAUACGGAAUUGUGAGUAAUUGGGACACGCCCGCAAGCAAUAAUAGGCAACCUACGCGUUUUAGAAAUCCUGGCAACAGUGCAAGACUUCUCCGAUCCCCCUCCUGGGACUGUGGUCUAUUCAAACAGAACUGUGGAGCAGACUUGUAGUUUGGCAGUCAAAAGGACAACCUUUCGAACAGCUGCAACACCUCUGGCUACUCGAGUGAACCUUGUUUUCUGGAAGCGAUACCGACGGAGUUGAUGAAUGCCAUUGUCUGUGUUGAUGUCCUCGCCGUAGCACAUGUAAAAAUAGUUCCUCUUAAACAUUUAUCGUAUUUCUGAGGAACUCCUUGGAAGGUGACCAACAAACUAUUCUUAACAACUUGAAGCACGUCUUUGUACCCAGUGGCACAGUGGACACUUGGACAAGGUAUCCAUUUCCUUGUCCGGGGUUUUGGCAAGCCAAGAGUAGGCUAUGGCAUCCUCAUGGGUAAACUGGAUUUGCUUACUCUGGAGACGGACUUUAGUUCCCUCUAUCCUCGUGCUUUGGGUCACCUGUCUCGGGACACACGGAGGAGAGGAUGACGCUUUUAAUGCAGAGUCAUGGCUGCGGAUGUAUGGCUACCUACCUCAGGCCAGCAGACAGAUGUCCACCAUGCGGUCAGCUCACAUCCUUUCCAACGCCGUCAGCGACAUGCAGCGUUUCUACGGCCUGGCGGUCACCGGGGCCAUGGACCACGGCACGGUGACAGCCAUGCGGAGGCCGCGCUGUGGAGUCCCAGACAAGUUUGGGGGUCAGAUCAAGACCAACGUUCGGCGCAAACGUUAUGCACUCACUGGCCACAAAUGGAACAAGAGCCACCUCACCUACAGUAUACAGAACUACACACCAAAGAUCGGGGAGUACAACUCGUAUGAGGCCAUCCGUAGGGCCUUCAAGGUGUGGCAGAAGGUGACCCCGCUGACCUUCGAUGAGAUCCCCUACCAGGAGAUCAAAUAUGGCCGCAGGAAGGAGCCUGACAUCAUGAUCUUCUUUGCCUCGGGUUUCCAUGGAGACAGCUCACCCUUCGAUGGUGAGGGCGGGUUCCUGGCCCACGCCUACUUCCCUGGUCCUGGUAUGGGUGGUGAUACUCACUUUGACUCUGAUGAGCCGUGGACCAUCGGCAAUGGGAACUUACAAGGUAAUGAUUUGUUCCUUGUUGCGGUACAUGAGCUGGGCCAUGCCCUGGGCCUGGAACACUCCAACAACCCAAUGGCCAUCAUGGCUCCUUUCUACCAGUGGAUGGAAACGGACGACUUUCAACUGCCCGAGGAUGACCUCAGGGGAAUACAACAGAUCUAUGGUCAGCCAGACGGUACACCCACCCAGGCUCUUCCCACUGUCACUCCUCGCCGGCCAGCCCAGCCAGAACCCAAACCCCCCAACUCUCCCCCCAACUCUCCCCCCAACUCUCCCCCCAAGUCACCCCCCAACUCUCCUCCCAAGUCACCCCCCAACUCUCCUCCCAAGUCACCCCCCAACUCUCCUCCCAACACUCCCCCUAGAUCUCCUCCUAACUCUCCCCCCAACGCCCCACCCCGGAGGCCAGACAAGCCCCGCACGACUGACCGCCCAGACCACUACGGCCCAAACAUCUGUGAAGGAAACUUCGACACGGUCACCAUGCUCAGGGGAGAGAUGUUUGUGUUCAAGGGUCGCUGGUUCUGGAGGGUGCGGAGGAACAGGGUCCUGGACAACUACCCAAUGCCCAUUGGUCACUUCUGGAGGGGACUGCCUGGGGACAUCGAUGCAGCCUACGAGAGACACGAUGGGAAAUUUGUCUUCUUUAAAGAGAAUAAGUACUGGUUGUUCAGGGAGGCAAACCUGGAGCCUGGUUACCCCCAGGAGCUGACAGACUACGGCAGGGACAUCCCCUAUGACAAGAUAGAGACAGCCAUCUGGUGGGAACCAUCAGGUUUCACAUACUUCUUCAAAGGAGACUGGUACUGGCGCUUUAACGAACAGUCCCGUGCAGUAGACAAGGACUACCCCAAGCCAAUCAGUGUGUGGGGCUCUGCGGUCCCGUCCUCUCCCAAGGGGGCUUUCCUCAGCGAUGAUGGAGCUUAUACAUAUUUCUACAAGGGAUCCAAAUACUGGAAGUUUGACAACCACAGGAUGAAGAGCGAGCCGGGCUACCCUAAAUCCAUCCUGAGGGACUUCAUGGGCUGCAGUGUGGACCUGGACCCAGACAGAGACAGGGACACCGACGCAGGCCGCAAGGUCCCCGAAGUGGAUCGCCCGCCCUUCAACCCUGACGCAGGCCGGGACAAGGAGCGGGACAAGGAUCAGGACCGUACCAACGAUGUAGACUAUAAGGACGAGAGAGAAGAGGAGACCAACGAGGUGGACGUGGUGCUGAAGAUCGACGAGAGCGAGACGCGCACUAUGAACAUCAUCAUGGUGACAGUACCCCUGGUCCUGGUGCUGUGCAUCCUGGGACUGAUCUACGCCAUCAUCAACACACUGAAGAGGAAAGGAACUCCCAAACUUCUGGUCCACUGCAAACGCUCCAUGCAGGACUGGGUGUGACCUCUGACCCACUUAAUAACCCCCCCCCCCCCCCCCCCCACAACCUGAACCCUACCCUCAUUCCUCUAUCUUCUCAUCCAAAACAUGGUAGUAGAGACAUACGUGCAAAUACAUACACACACAUGACGCACACGCACACACACACACACACACACAGCAAACAUAAACACAUACACCUAACUCGUUCCCCUCCCAUGGUGCUCUACCGAAUGAGUUGACUGUAGUCUAUUUAUAUCAGAACGUUUGCACAUAGUUUUUUUGUUUGGUUCAUAUUGUGUGUGUGAGUCUUUUUUUCUAAACCAGGAAGUGUCUGCAUUAUUCUCUCUCUCUCUCUGCCCGUUACAGUGGGUUUCUCUGAGAUAACUUCCAUCUGGUUCUUGGAUUAGCCUUCGAAAGGAAAACAGACUUAACAGAGCGAUAGAGAGAGAGACUGCAGCACAGAAUGAAGGGAGUGAAGGAGGUUUGAUUCUGUGAAAAGCAGAGAGCCCCCCCCCCCCCAUCCCACUCCUCCCUCCCACCUCCUCCCUCCCUCAGGACUCCUACAGCUGAAGCAGGCCUACUGCACAUCAGGUAUCAACAGGAGAGAGAUCAGUGUAAAUAGUGUCACUUUUUGAACUGCAACUCACCCAAUGCCUUUUGUCACGAUACCUUCCAUGUUGAACAGCCACUAACUGAACUUUUGGUUUUCUCAUCUGUUUUUAAUUCAAGGGCACCAUGGAUGAUAUUGGAAAUCUUGUCCAUACUUUAUAGACAACUUUCACAAACGUUUGGCUUAUUCAACCAAACAUGGUCCCGUGGUGCCUUUUUCAUUUCUAACCUUGUUUCGGUCCUAUUAACGGCGGCAAUGAGAGUUUGAGUUGUUAUGAUUAGGGAAGGAUUGGAAAAGAAAGGUGCUUCUUUCCUUCUUUUCUUUCUUUUUUUUAAGACAAAGGCAAUUCACUGUGAAAUGACUCUGUGUGGGACAUGGAGGAGCAGUUGAGGUGCUGAGGUAGGAGAGAGACAGGGGGUAUUGAACGAAUAUCCACUGGGCAAAAACAAAUUGAAUCAAUGUUGUUUUCACAUCAUUUCAAUGUGAGGAUGUUGAAUUAAGGUGGAAAACUGAUUGGAUUUGCAAAAAGUCACCACGUAAGGGAAUCAAAUUUUUCCACCAAACUUUUAACCUAAAUCCAACCCAGCUAGCACAUUUGGUUCCUUGAAGGUUGUGGGAACAGACCUUUUUGGUUAUCCAUUGGUUCUGGGAAAGAAGCCAAACAUUUCCUGAAUAGUAAAACGGAAUGUCUUUUAAACGUUCUGAGAAUGGAAGUGAACAUUUUGCCUGUUCUGGGAACGUUCAUUUGUAGGUUGCAGGGAGGUUGUCAGAACGUUUUACUAUGGUUCCCUGAAAGUUUUCCUGUGAGGUUUUAUUAAUGUUCUGAGGUGGAAAUUGUAGGUUAUUUGAAGGUAAUUAAAUAAAGUUCUGGGAAUAAGACUUUUAAUACUACUGCUAUCUUAGGUGAACUGUUUUGAACUCCAAGCACAGAUAGGACACAUGGAAAUUCACCUUCUUAGGAACUUAUGAUAUUCUGCUCUCUCUCCAUGGACUUAUUAGUCCAUUGAUGCUGAGAACGGAAUGUAUGUUUUUAAAUAACAUACUUAGAACGUUCUUUGAACGUUACUAAUGUUUUAUGGAACCUUUUAUUAAUGUUUCUGAGAAGAUUACUUUAAAUAGAACCAUGAGGAAACCUGCAGAAAACUUUAUGCUGAAGUACUGAAAUUCCCACGGAAGAACGUUGUUUCUUAAACAGUACUGACAUUCCAACCUAAGAAAUAUAAGGUUCUCAGAACUUUAUGAGCUAGCUGGGUACCCUGCACCAUUCCCAGAACAUUGUGGGAAGGUUUUAUGCAAAAUAACCAGAGGACAACCACGCUCUCACCAAGCUCAAAGAAAUGUGAUUCUCAGAACAUUAUGUGCUAGCUGGGAAUGACAUGCUGAAAUGUUGUGUUGAUUUCAUGUUGAAUUGAAGUUAGUUGACAACUCAACCAAAAUUAAAUCAAACUAGAGUUUGAAAUAACAUCUGUGCCCAGUAGGUAAGAGAUUGACUGACACUUUUCAUCUGAGAAAUACUUGGAACCAGCGAUACUUCAGCCUCCUGAAAUGUUUUAAUAAAUAUAAUUCAAGUAAUGCACCACACAAUGAGCCCUCUCUCUGUAAUACCCUACUCCCCUAGAUUUAAAUAGAUUGGAGGGCUCUCUCUCUCUCUCUCGCUCUGAGCUUGGUCUAGAGAAGUAUUCCUCUGAACAUACUCAGAAAAUGUCAGCGCAUCCUCUCAUUUAAAAUAGCAGGUGUUUUAAAAUAUUGUUAACCUCCAGCCUAGAAUCUUAGGCCUUCUCUGUACCAAAGCAGGCUUCUUUUCAUUUUCUAGGAGGUCCAAACGGAGAGACAGACUUUACCAGAGAGGGAGAAGGGGAACGAGAGAGGGCGUGAGAGGCUAGAGAUCUACAUAGGGAGUUCAAAGACAGAAACCUUAUCUGUUAAGUGUUUGGGAAGGCUUACAGUCUGUUCCUGGAUUGUUUUGCCCAGAUGUUGGUGAUUGUUGGAGGGAGUUGGGGAGGCUGCAAGGCAGGCUGAGUGAGAGACCAGAGGUCCAUUCCUACAGCUGAGUAAGGCAGUAGGGGGAGUGAGGGAGAGGAGCUCACUGCGGGGCUCUUCCUGUAAGGAUUAUUAUUGGCACUGUAUCCCAUGACCCACAUUCACUAGCUCCAGAGAAGGAACUGUGGAGUCUAUUCUCUGAUACCAAAGGGAAAUAGUAGCACGCAGUGUAUGUAACUUCUUUAUUUCUCACAUUGUUAUGUAUUCCCUAUGCUCUUGUCUUCGACCACAAAGGCGCAUGUACAGUAUGCAUACGUCUGGUAGAUUUACUAGCAGCCCAAAAGAUACUGAGAAAGGAUUUGCUGUAAGUUAGAGAUAAGUCAUUUUACACUCAGAUACCUGGCAGCUUUCACUGUUUACCAUCCGUCAAACAGUAGUUGUGAUGAACAUGUCUGUCUGAGGCAUCGACAGGGGUGGGGUAGGUGCACUGAGGAUGCGUGAGAUGCUUCAAUAAUACCACUGAGAUGGGGGAAGGCCAGUUAAAAGGGCUAUUAUAAAUAUUAUUGACAGCGGAGAGGAAUCACUGUCAUGAGAGGUCCUGCGUGUGUCAGUGAUGGAUCCCGCUCGAUGGGGUUGCUAGGAGACCGCCUCUGCCCAUUGCCCUCUCAUUGUGCUGCGAGGUUGAGAGGGGAGUUAAUCAGAGGUAAAAGCCUUCCCUCUCUCUUCUCCCCCCUGACUACCCCACCCGUCCCCAUCCACCCACCCAUCCUGUCCAAAUCAAUGGUAAAAUCACCAUCAGCAGGCCUAGAAGGUAUCUGGACAAACUCAAAAAAUGCUCACUCAUUGUCUGAGACCCAGUCCAUGCCUUACUUGCUCUCUCUUUAUAUGGGAUAGCUAGUAUCUUUGUGCCUGUAUGGAGUAGACUAUCACUGCGAGUCCCAGACCUUUGUGGCUGUUUGUGUUCCUAGUAUGUCUGUCUCUUAGUGUGGAUUUAGUUUCCAACUGUUUCUCGGUGUGUCUGAGACGUCUCCCCAAUAAGACACUGUAGUCCCCAACGAUGCCUGCCUUAGAACUAGCUCAAGCAGAUGCAACGGAAAUGUGGGAAAUUUCACAAAGGAACUGCCUGCUUGAAGGCAACUAGAGCCUUUAUAAGAGCACUCUGGGAUUGAGUCCAAGACUGCUUUGGUUUUUUUCCUUUUUUCUUUUGUUUUUCAUGAGAACUGUUUAGAACACUACAGCAAUGAAAAAUACAGCAACGAAAAAUACAGUUAUGGAAAAUACACCAAUGAAAAAUACAGUUAUGAAAAAUACAGCAAUGAAAAAUACAGUUAUGAAAAAUACAGUUAUGAAAAAUACAACAAUGAAAAAUACAGCAAUGAAAAAUACAGUUAUGAAAAAUACAGCAAUGAAAAAUACAGUUAUGAAAAAUACAGCAAUGAAAAAUACAGUUAUGAAAAAUACAACAAUGAAAAAAUACAGUUAAGAAAAAUACAGUUAUGAAAUAUUAGGUCAGGGAUUGAUUGAGGUAUCAACACCCUCUGUGUAUGUGUUUGGUGUGAGUUUUUUCGAGUGCUAUUACUCUGUAGUCGCCUCUAGUAACUUUACUCUAGCCUUACAGUAUCACUACUUGCUCUCUCUCUCUGUUCAACACCACUCUACUCUUCUGCGCUCGUCUGGUCUACUCUGCAGCCCGUCUAGGCCCUGCCUUGGCCCCAGGGGGACUGUAACAAUGGUCUCUCUCACAAAGUGCAGCAUUGUCCUCCAUUCUGUCAUUGCUCCGGCCCAGCAGGAAGGCAGGCUGAGCCCUAGGCCAGGAUCCGGAUGCUUCCUUCCUCCCACAAUCCCACUCUGUCCCUCCCCGCAGCUCUGUCAUGGCCAGGGAGGGAGCAGAGCAGCCAAGGCGGUCUGAUGUUUUAUAUCCAAGAUAGACAGGAACCCAGCAGACUAUGUUGGUUCUAUAUAUUCCGUUAGUUGUUGUUUGUGGCCAGUGCAUUUCACAGGCAUCCUGUACAGUUGCUUCAUAUCGUAUCUCGCGGUUAACCACUAGCUUGACCAAAAUGGUUUUGUUAUUCAUUGCAAUCAACAACCACACAGGAUGCCAGACUGCUCUUUGUGGAGGAAAAGAGAGAUAUGUUAGAAAGAUGACAUGAUGUCAAGAGAAAGGGGUUAAUUUUGAUCCCUGCGUUCGAUGUCUCAAUCCUCUGUUUGAUGUCUGUCAAGAUCCAGAGGUUGACGGGGAAAAUGAUCGUUGCACUUCAGUUGAGUCGUCAACGUCUCGACUCCAGACACACACUCAGUCGGUGUACAUCCCUAUCCCAGAGUGCAUCUCACCUUACUCACUCAGCUGAGCUUGAACAACUGAAACCACUACACGCUAUUAACUCUCAACUGACUUACGGUAGACUGCUCCUCCCAGGUCCUUGGAAAACCAGGCAACUAAAAGCCUACUAGGCGCAGCGUUACAUCUCACAAAUGUUUUAAAAACGUUACAGCAAUGUUGUGUGAAAGUUACUACCCGGGUAAUGCUUCAGUGAGUAGUUUUUUUUAUUUUUUAAACCUCACCACGCCUAUUAACAUUGAUGGGAUGAAAAUAAAAAAGUUCAUUUGUCUGUGUGAUUAUCAUGAUUAUUUUGAAUAUUCAUUCAGUUUGUUUAAUUAUGUGCCGUUUUUUUUCUCCGAAUUCUUCUUUCAACUUCGUAGGAUUUCUUUUUUUUGUACUUUGAAUAACAUUCCGUGUGUGUUUUUAUUUCGUUUUGCUGUAGAACGUGAAGAUUUGAUACAUUUGCGGUGUGUGUUCACCUCCUGUUGAGUGUGUUAACGAUCCAUGCUGGACAUGUACACAAUAAAACGCUCGAAAAACAAAGAAGUCGAGUAGUCCAAAGUGA